UAUAGUAUCCGAUGGAUCAAGUCCGAUAAAUUUCUUAAUUUCUGGGUGACAUAAAAAUCUAAACAACAUCGUGAAGAAACGGAGCUCGAGACGCUCUUAAAUUCCUUCUCUUCGGUUUAAGCUCUUUUCCCUCUAGGGCACUUUCAAGCUCUUGUCUCUCGGUCUCAUCAAUGGCGAAGUGGAUAGCGCUUGGUUCGAUCUUGUGCGUGUUGAUUCGUGGUGAUUGAGUAGGGCUGUGCUGAUUGACCGGUAUGCUACACUGGUUCAUACGUUCUCUUUAUGCUAAUUUGGGCAAACGGCUUGGAAUUUUAUCUACUAGUUGCAGUUUCCAUUGCGAAUUGUAAGAGUGAAAUGGUCUCUUCAUGUCAGAUAAGAGACCAUUGCAAAUUGUAUUUGAGCUUCUCCAACAUUGAUAGGAAAUGCAGAUAAAUAAGUAUGCCUCCUCUGGUGGACAAGAUUCGAUUGAGAAACACAGGCAGUUAGGAGCAAACUUUGAGGUAUUGUCUUUUGUUUGGCACCAUACUGUUGGGGAACAUUUAUGUUCUUUUGGUAUUAAUGCUGUUAUAAGUACUUAAAUCCUUCAGACACAGGAAAAAUUAUAACUGAUUGAGAUAUAUAGAGAUAUUAUCCAGGUUGACAUACCUGUCAAGUACCCCAGUUUUUUCCUAGACGAUGAUGUGGAACUGGAACAUAUAAAGAAGGUAUUUGCAGCUUCUAUAGCACUUUAUGAUUUGAAGUGAACCGAUAUUUGUUCAUUUGCAUGGAAAUUCUGUCAAUGGGGUGGGUUUUCUUUGCUGAGCCUCUUAAUCUGGUGCUUUUCUAAAUAAGCAGCAUUAUAUCUUAAUUGCAUAUUUUUGUUAUGGAUAAUGGAUAAUGAACUUGAAUAGCUUUGGAUAUGGACAAAAUUUAGUCAUGAGAUUGUGCCAUUGAAAUUGGAGGAAGAGGGAUUAAGAUGAGUCAAACUCGACAAUGAACCAUAUUCUGGCUAUACCUUGGAUUGUUGAAGGUCAUUGUGCGCAAGAUUGAGGCUUGGAGAUGUUUUAGGAGGAAAAGACUACUGUUUGACUGGAUUGGACCUCUAAGCCAACUGCAACUCAAGUCCAGCCCAAUCACAUUUCUGCUCUAGUUUUCGCAUUUGACACCAUCCCAUUUGCAGCACUCUGUUCCCUCCUUACAUGAGUUUGUCUUUGCAUAAUUAGUGACUCCCUCAUCAGCACAAGAUAUCGAAGCCCAACUAUCAAUUGAAAAUGUAGUAGCUUACCCUUUAUUUUUUUAAUUUUUAAUUUUUUGUUUAGAGAAGAAAAAAGAACUGUAAUUCAAUAAAAUGAUUGUUGAUAGUGAUGAUCGACAAUAUGAUCUGUGGGAAGUGUUUCAUAGGGAAGUUGGAAGAAAAGUCUAUGAGAAAUCUGAUGAUGACAAUUGACAAGGUCACUGGAUAUAUUAUCUUUGAUUUUACAUUCAUUGUGGAAUUGCAUGAUUAUAUCAAUUUCACGUUUUGGUACAUCUGUAAAUCAGGUACCGUGUUUGUCAUGAUAAUCAUUCUAGAAUGGGCACAUUUCUGUAGUAAACUUGCAGUCAACAUAAACUUCCUAUGUUUCUUGCUUGUGUGAAGUACAAAAUUAUCUAAAUGCUUGUUUCCAUGGUUGUCCAGGUGACUGUUUUUGUGGAGGUGGAUUAAUUCAUUAAAAUUCUUAAGUCUCUUCAAGAUUUUGCAGGAUAACUAAAGUCAAAGGCACUUAAUAGUGCUAAAUUUUGAAAGAUAAUUUAUGUUAAAGGAUUGCAGAAAAAGAUUGAAGCGAGGAGAAACAUCACAGGAGAAGUGCACUCGAAGCCUUUAAGAAGGUAUCAAAGACUCCGAUUCCUGGAAGCCCUUAAGAAGGUAUCAAAGAUUCCGAUUCCUGCUCUGCAACUUUGUUUUGACUCAACAGAGUCCGCAACAUAGCAAAACCUACUUCAAUGAUAUCCUCAUCAUCCAUUUAGUAAAAUCUCGAGAAAAACACACUUCCUAAACCCCAAAUAAUGUUCAUCAUCAGCUGCUCCUCAAAAACCCUGAAAAAGUUUCUAUCCUCCUCUGAAAGAUCAAUCUUUUCUGUUCAGUACCCCCUACAUAACCCUCCAUAUGCAUACACCCAAACAUCCAACUAUGUAAAUGUGUAUAUGGAAUGGAAGAAGGACCCUUCCUAUGAUUCCAUUGAGCAGAUCCACAAGUCCAUAGAGCUCAAGCCUGUUGUUGCCCUCAAGAAUAUCAUUGCCCAAGAGCCCAGUGGUUGCAUCCCGAUCUCUGCAGUGUCAAAAAGGGGAAUAGAAUUGGGUGUGCCAAUGAAGGUUGCAAGAUUUUUGAGGCUAUACCCAUCAAUCUUUGAAGAGUUUAGUGGUCCGAAGUACAAUCUUCCUUGGUUUAGGCUGACCCGUGAAGCUGUUGAGAUUGAUAGAGAGGAAAGGAGGAUUUAUGAGGAUUGUAGGAAGGAUUUGAGGGAAAGACUUAAAAGAUUUAUAUUGAUGAGUAAAGGGAAGGUUUUGCCUUUGAAGAUAAUUAAGGGAAUGCAAUGGUAUUUGGGGCUUCCUGAUGACUUUUUAUUGUAUCCAGAAAGGAACCUUGAUGGGUCUUUUAGGUUUGUGGAGAUGGAAGAUGGAUUGAAUGGUUUGGCUGUUGAGAACGAGGAAAAGGUUUGGUCUGCAAUGCAAAAGAGUGCAAUGCAGAGAGGGGUGUAUUCUGGUGGGUCAAUGGAAGCCAUUGAAUUCCAGCUUUUUCCAUCAAAGGGUUUGAGGUUGAGGAGGAAGAUUACUUAUUGGUUAGAAGAAUUUCAGAAGCUUCCUUAUAUUUCACCAUAUGAGGAAUUUUCCCAUUUGGAUCCAGAUAGUGAUAUGGCAGAGAAACGAGUCGUGGGGUUUCUCCAUGAGCUGCUAAGUCUUUUUGUUGAGCAUUCGGCAGAGAGGAAGAAGCUUUUGUGUCUUAAGAAGUGUAUGGGAUUGCCACAGAAAGUUCACAAAGCAUUUGAGCGGCAUCCCCAUAUUUUUUAUUUGUCUUUGAUGAACAAGACUUGUACAGUAAUUCUUAAAGAGGCUUACUGUAACCAGUCCACCAUUGAGAAGCAUCCACUGUUGAGUGUGAGGAAAAAAUACAUUAACCUCAUGAAAGAGUCAGUUGUGAUCUUGAAAAAUAGAAGGUUGAGUAAUCGGUUUGUGAAUCAAGAAAAUUUGAGCUUGGCUUUGGAUUUGGAUUAUGUUGAUGAAGACAGUCGAGAGAGGGCAAAAUCUUCUUUUCAUAAUUCACAGUCCUAUGUAAGAGAAGCAUGUGAUAACUAAUUCUUUAAGCAGAAGGAGGCUAAAUGUAGAUGAAUUGCUAGCCAUUCAGAAGUGAAUCUCCCUUAUGAGAUUAUAAUUGUACUUCAAGGUGGCAAAGAAAUUAAUGAUUCUUAGCAUGCAUUUCCUGUUUGGUCUUCAAGGAGCAGGCUGGAUCUAAAUGAAUUGCUAGCCAUUCAGUAGUGAAACUCCAUAUGAGAUUAUAAUUGUGCUUCAAGGUGGCAAAGGCAUUAAUGCUUUUGGUCAUGCCUUUCCUCCUUUCCUAUUGGUCUCUGAGAGACACCUCCACUGCCAAAAAAGAGGAUCAGCCACUUAACCUGCUGUAUCCACACCUCCAGAGGCGAGAAAUUUUGUGUACAGGACUACUUGUUCUUGCCAUGGCCAAGCUUGCGCCUCAACCAUCAGAGCAGUGAUUUUGAAGAACUCCAGCAAUUUCAGAAACGAAGUGCCCCAGAUUAGCAUGUCAUUGCUCAACGGCUGAUAGAAAUCCCAGGCGGGUUGUGCCAGGACAAGAAAAGUUUUCUCUUCUGGUCCUUUUUUCUGACCACGGCAUUGUAAUGCCCUGUUUUUGUGAUAUCAGUAUGAAUUUCUUUAACCACCAUGUGCCAUUUUACAUAUAUUUACAGAAUAAAUAAAAUAAAAUAAAACAAUAGGUUACCUGUGAA